UUGGGGCAAAAGUCAGUUGUCGAAAUUUGGCUGCUGGCAAGCGAAGUCGAGACUUGGUUUGAAGGUAUCUGCUCAUCAUACCAAGGUUUCUUUCUUGACACGGAGUCAAGAGUCAUGAAUUAGGCUGAAUUAAUGAGAAAAGGGGAUGCUUUGAAGACAUUUGAGGAAGUGUUUUAGAAAUACACAAAGAUCACCUACAGGAUCUAUCAUGGUUUCCGCUGCCACGUUUGGUGCCCUGAUCCUUUCUGGAUUCAUCAUCCUCUCAGCAGCUCUUAAGGAAAGCUGCAAGCUACACGGUGCAGUCUGGAAAACACUGACAUUGCCUUUGGACAACAAGGCACUGGCAGACACAGACGUGUUGAGAUGGACGCACAAUAGCACUAUAAUCUUCUACGGACAGACAGGCAGAGUGUCUGUAGGAAAACCGGCCGAUAUAACUUCCGAUGGAUCUCUGCAGCUGAAGAAACUAAAGUUCUCGGACGCAGGGCUCUACAAUGCUAAUGUGCUUAAUAAAAAUGGCACAUCUGUUAAAAGGUGGACAGGUCAUGUUUGUGUGUUGGAGACGGUGGAAAAGCCUCAGGUGCAGUUUGUCUGCAACUCUAAGGACAACGUUGUAACCGUUACUUGUAAUGUGCCGUCAGGACCUCAAAACGUGGUCUUCUCGUGGAUGCUAAAUGAAAAGGCCUUGACCAGUGACAUGGAGAAGACACUGAGCAUUUCCCUGGCUCAGCUGAAAGGGGACAACAUCUUCAGAUGCGCUGUGGCAAACCAAGUCAGCAAGGAGAUGAGUGACAGCGUCCGGCUCACAUGUAAAAGCUCAGAACCGGCAUCCCCGGCAUUGUUCUGCUUCAAACGCAAAACUGUGGUGGUGACACUAGCAGGAGGAGGAUGUGUGAUUAUUCUUCUACUCGUCAUAAUCGCCGUAUCGUGUUCCCAUCGCAGACGGUACAACACCCUCACAAGCCUAAAAGACAAGCAGGAGUUUAGAAUGGUCUCGCCAACCCGGCCCAAACAUUCAGACUCUAUUAGUCCAGAAUAUGAGACAAUGCACCCGAUGGAGGACUCUCCAACACCAAACCCAGACCCUUCAAACCGAACCUACACCGUGGCUGGAGCGACAGCAAUAGAACAGUCACCGGUACCCAAACCCAGAAUGAAAACCCCCCAGACCCAAAAACACUGAAGGGAGCCGCCAACUCUUACAUUCCCGCUGUCAGUCCUGUUCUUACGUACAUAUGGACUUGUACCAUGGUCAGGGGGAAUACUGGUUUCUGAUUGGCUGGAGGGUGUGGGUUAAAACCUUAUAAUGCACACACAGUUUGGCUCAAGUUUGAUCAAUAUUCUAAUUUUAUAUGCUGAAAAGUCUGUGUGUAAUCAUAGCAACAUGCUGAAUCAGUAGCAAGACCAGUUAAAGCACAAAACCUUACUAACUUUUGCUUCAUAACCUUUUGAUUCUGAGUCCAAAACGUUCAACAAAAACAUAUGUGAAUGCUUUUAUUUCAAUUUUUUUGGCAAGUGACCAUGGUAUCCCCACUCCAAGAUUGGAGUGGAUUAUCAAAUGGUCUGAAAACCUAUAAAGGAAAACAUAAUGUGAAAAAAAUGUGUUAUUUUAUUGUACUUUGUACAACGGCAUCUAAUAGAUUCUUCUCUGAGGAUUUUAACUGUGCAAAAAAGGUAAAGUAUGUAUACUACAUAUCGUGUAUUAUAUUUCCUCAUUUGUUGAGCAUUUUUCCUACCAUUGAGUAUUUUUUCAACGAAGUUUUAUAUAUAUAUAUAUAUAUAUAUAUAUGGGGGGACUAACAGGUCAUCAUCACCCAAUUACAGUGGUCUUUGGGUCUUUGUGUUGGUGUUUAUGUGAACUAAUUUCAUGUCUGACUCACCAAAACAUUAAUAGUCUUAGCAAAUACCCUAAUGUUGGUGUUUUACUACUUUUUUGCGUACCUUUAAGCCUCUUAAUGUACGUCACUAGUUCUCGACCCCCACAAGUAUUGUUGGUUGUGUAUUUGGCCGAGUCCUUCUUUACACUCACCAGGUCUACAAACAGAGACACUCAACUACUUGUCAGAUUCAAAACGUGUGGUCAUCUCCAUCACCGUUACACAUGGAAGUGUAUAAAAGUUGAAUCGAUACAGUAUCAUAUGAUCAAUUAUGAAUAAAAGUUGUUAUUUUUUCCAGCAUAUGUGUUAAUGUUUUACUCCAUCCUCGGAGCGCGGCUGUGAACACACACCGAGAAUUACAUUAACCUGUAAAAUAUACACAG